CAGUAAUAAUGACAGAGUGGGAGGGCCACUCGGUGCAACUAAUAAGGACCGAGAUCUUGCAGGCGAUCCCACUGUGACUUUUAUUUCCAAGUCCUGGAAUCCGGAAUCGGACCGAUCGUAAUCGCACAUGGAUUAUGCCUUUUUUCGCUGCCGUUUGUUUGUUUUUGCCAUAGAGGAAACUUUCACCGCAGCUGUUUUGAAGUGGCCUGCUCAUUAGUGUCCCAACCAUGAUGUACCUGCCAAGAUGGACUGCUCUCCUCUGGACUCUGAAUUUCAUUCCUUGCUCUUUUGGAAUGGCAGUGAGUGAACGGACAGAUGACUCAUGCCCUCCUCUGAGUGUGGAGGAACACAGGUUUUCCGAUGUUUUAGAUCGUCCUCUGGAAAUCACAGGAUUUGAUCUCACGGAAAAGUUUCUUCUCCGAAAGGGAACAACCUCAGAAGACCUGCCUUCAUUUCGUUUAGGGAGCAGUCCGCUGAUUAAGCCAACGAUACUCGUUUUUCCAAAUGGGCUUUCAAGCGAAUACUCCCUUGUCACCAUCUUCCGGGUAAGGAGAACGACAAAAAAGGACCGCUGGUAUCUUUGGCAGAUUUUUGACCAGGAAGGAGGCAGUCAGGUGUCUGUUGUGGUGGAUGGCAACAAGAAGGUGGUCGAGUUCUCCUUCCAGGGUCUGCUGAAGAACACUCUACGCUACACGUUUAAGAGCCGUGACCUACAUGGCCUUUUUGAUCGCCAGUGGCACAAGCUGGGCAUUUCUGUGCAGAGCAACAUCGUCUCACUUUACAUGGACUGCAAGCUAAUAGAAAGGAGACUGACUGAGGAGAAGGACAGCAUCGGCCCCAGUGGGCGAACGCUCAUCACUACGCGAAUGGAGGAUGGGCGGCCCGUCGAUAUUGAAGUGAGACAAAUUCUCAUCUACUGUGACCCAUACAUGGCUGAGAUGGAAAACUGCUGUGAGAUGCUGGAACCAAAGUGUGAAGCCAAGGAGACAUUUAAUGGGACUUCCCCACCUCCACUGGUUACACAGCAACUCCCCCAGAUGCUGUCUCAGCCGGUCUCACAGCCAAUGGACAGAUGUCCCUGUCCAGCUGAAAAGGGCGAUGCUGGUCUUCCAGGGGUUGUUGGCCUGCCAGGAGCAAAAGGGGAUAAAGGAGACAAGGGGGACUCGGGGGAAGUUGGGCCUGAAGGAAACCCAGGACAUAAGGGGGAACCUGGAUCAGAAGGGCAACAGGGAAUCGAUGGGGAGAAGGGUCUGAAAGGUGACCCAGGGCCAGUUGGUCCAGUUGGUCCCAAGGGAAACAAAGGUGACGCGGGCAAGCCUGGAACUCCAGGGCUGCCUGUUAACAAGGAACGUCUCAAAGGAGAUCAGGGCCCUCGGGGCGACACAGGAGAAAAGGGAUCGGCUGGGGUGCCAGGGGAACCAGGCAAAGAGGGCAAAAGGGGACGGCGAGGAAAGAGUGGUGAGCCUGGACCCAGAGGACUACCUGGGGAGAAGGGUGACUCUGGAGUCCCAGGAGAGAAAGGAGACCCUGGUCAGCCGGGUGCCGAGGGUGCCGGCGGGAUGAAAGGACAAAAAGGUGAUGUUGGCCCUCCUGGUCCUCCUGGUCCUGUGAUGACGGCUCAUGGAUUAAGACAGCUCUCUGGAACUGACGAAGUGAAGGAGAAGACCCAAAAAGGAGAGAAGGGAGAUCAGGGGGAGAGAGGAGCACAAGGACUGCAAGGCUUCAAGGGAAACACAGGGCCGCCAGGACUAAAGGGAGAUCAAGGACCGGAGGGGAAACAAGGCCCGUCUGGACCCACUGGACUCCCAGGACUCCCCGGCGAGCCAGGCUCGCCAGGGGAGCUCGGGGUGCCUGGGAGAGAUGGCCUGAAAGGAGAAAAGGGCGACUCUGGCGGAGUGAUAGGGCCACAGGGACCCCCGGGCCCUAAGGGUGAGCCUGGAGAAGCUGGAGGUGGAUAUAUGGGAGAUGGGCUGUCACUGUCGAGAGGCUCUCGUGGACCCAAGGGUGAGAGAGGUGUCCCAGGACUGCCAGGGGACCACGGUGAAAAAGGAGAACCUGGAGAGAGUAUUCUAGGUCCAACUGGCCCCAUGGGAACCCCGGGACCGCCAGGAAUUAAGGGCUCUCGUGGACCUCCAGGUUUUUCUGGCCCUCCCGGAGUUCCAGGAAGAGAGGGAUCCCCUGGUAGACCGGGUCCUCCAGGCCCUGCUGGACCCCCAGGUGAACCAACCGCUCUGCCAAUCGUCGGAGACAUGGGUUCUUUACUUAAGAAUGCCUGCAGUGUGUGCCAGACCAGAAUCCCAGGGCUGCCUGGGCAGAAAGGAGAGAAAGGCACCCCUGGAGUGCAAGGAGUGGAAGGCAUGGUGGGAGAAAAGGGAGAUCCAGGUAUAAGAGGUCCUAUGGGGAACCCUGGAAAAGAAGGCCCAAAGGGGGUAAAAGGAGAGCGAGGCUUCCCGGGCCCCACUGGAGAUAAAGGCGAUGAGGGGCCUCCAGGAGCACCAGGACUUCCCGGUAUGACCGGUCGCACAGGAGCCCCGGGGAUAAUGGGGCGACCUGGUCCAGUGGGCCAGUCUGGCACAAAAGGAGAAAAAGGAACUGAAGGUCCCACAGGCAGACCGGGGCUUCCAGGUCCUCCGGGUGUACCCUAUGUGGAGGGCAACGGGAUGAGCAGUCUGUACAAGCUGCAGAGUGGCGGAGCUGUUUUAGGACCCCCUGGAGCUCCCGGUGCUCCGGGUCCCAAAGGAGAUGAAGGACUUGCAGGGGAACCGGGAGCCAUGGGAUUACCUGGGCUGGAAGGUCUACCUGGUCCCAAGGGUGAUGUUGGUUUGUCGGGUCCACCUGGGACACUCGGUCCUCCAGGGAAGCCCGGACCUCGUGGCGAACCAGGGAUCCCAGGGGAGCCGGGUGAGCGGGGGCCGCUUGGAGAGACAGGAUUCCCAGGACCCGAGGGACCACAAGGUGUUCCUGGGAGACAUGGAAAGGAUGGAACUCCGGGAGACAAGGGAGCCACAGGUAAACCAGGGGACAGAGGACCCAAAGGAGAACGUGGUGAUUCUGGGAUUCCUGGAGGAAGAGGCGUUCAAGGCGAGAGAGGUCGCUCAGGAGAUCCUGGCCUGAGUGGACCGAUGGGACCGCCAGGCCAAAAAGGUGAUACAGGCUCUCCAGGACAGGUGGAGAGUGUAAGCCUCUUGGGAGACCCAAGUUUCAUAGAGGAACUCAAGGUGAUUAUCCAAAAUGAAGUACUAAGGGUCCUUGGAGAGAAGCUAUCAGGCGCUGCCAUGCUGCAAAAGACACCUGCAGGCAUCUUAGCUCCGCAGGUUCAAGGGCCUCCAGGACCUCCUGGCAAAGCCGGACCACCGGGGGAGCCUGGAUCUCCUGGUCCUCAAGGAUACAGAGGUCAGAAAGGAGAACGAGGCCAGUUUGGGCUCGGGCUGCCAGGUGAUCCAGGACCCAUGGGGCCGCCAGGGCCUCCUGGAGCCCCCUUCCAGGGCCGUCCUGGCCCUCAGGGGCCCCCUGGACCUCCUGGGACGUGCAACCCCAGCGAUUGUCUCCUGCCGUCCUUGUGAAUCCAGCAGCAGAGAGCCGCACAAAGGAAAUCGGACGCCUACACUGCAACUUCAGACUCCUCCUCCUCCUCCUCCUCCUCCUUCUUCUUGUUGUGAGUCGUCACACUCACAAACAUACUUGAACUUUUCGUGAGUUGUUUUUAGCAGUAUCAUGGUCAGAGGUCGUGGUUCAUCACUCACUCACUGACCAGUACUGUGUCACUAUGUAUCACUGGGUUUUUUCUUGAUGGGUGGCGGUAUAUCGUAAUACUGGAGUUCUGAUGUAUUUAUUUGCUGUAAUAUGUUUGAAUUUUAUUUAAAUGUUCUUAAAUGUUGUCAGAAAGGUUUGAGUUAGCUUUCCCCAAACGAAAAAAAAACGAAAAAAGAAAUUCCAAUUCACCACAGAGUCAUUUAUUUAUAGAUUAAAGAUUCAGUCAUGGAUCUGUUUAAAGAUUUUGAAGAAUUUGAUUGUAUAAAAUCCUCUUUAUUAACGUAUAAACAACGUGAAACAAUUAAAUACGUUCUGUACAUGGGCGUUCACUUUGAGUGCUGUUUAAAUGAAAGUUUGACUCAAAGACUUUACAUUUACUUUUAAGUGCCCUGCUGUGAUUAAUGUUUGAAAAGUUCUGUGGGUGUAUCUGACACUUCACGAUGUUAAGAACUUGGCACUUUCUUUAUUUCAUCUU